AUGUGCUUCCAAAAGGUGGGUUAUUUGCUAUUUGCGCUUAUAACUAAUUUACUACUUAGUGGUCAAUAUGGGAAUUGCAAUCGUAUUAUUGGUCAUAAUCAUAUUCAUAAUAAGUCACACACUCAUCACUUAGCCACUAAAAGACUUAACCAAAGUGGUUUUGUUCAACGAAGUGGAAUCCAUUUUAUUCUUAACGGGAAAUCAUUAUACUUGAAUGGUUUCAAUUCCUAUUUUUUAAUGAACAUAGCAACGGACCCAUCUACAAAGUCCAAAGUUACUACAAUUUUUCAAGAAACUUCUAAACACGGUUUAAAUUUAGCAAGAACAUGGGCCUUCAAUGAUGGAGAUUAUAAACCUCUUCAAAUUUCCCCCGGUACUUAUGAUGAGGAUGUAUUUAAGGGAUUGGAUUUUGUGGUAUCGGAAGCAGGGAAAUAUGGAGUGAAAUUGAUAUUAAGCUUAGUGAAUAAUUGGAAUGAUUAUGGUGGAAAAAAUAAAUAUGUGAAAUGGGGAAAAGAACGAGGCCAAAACGUGAACAACGAUGAUGAUUUCUACAUAAAUCCCGUUGUUAAGCAAUAUUACAAAAAUCAUGUGAAGGCUAUUUUGACGAGAAAAAAUAGUAUUAAUGGAUUGGCAUAUAAAGACGACCCUACUAUUUUUGCAUGGGAGCUUAUAAAUGAACCUCGUUCUCAAAAUGACUCUUCCGGCAAAUUAAUUCAGGAUUGGGUGAGUGAGAUGGCUGCAUAUGUGAAGUCUAUUGAUAGCAACCAUUUACUAGAAGUUGGGCUUGAAGGAUUUUAUGGUGAAACAACUUCUCGAAACAAACCUGGUUAUUAUAACGUUGGAACUGAUUUCAUUUCCAAUAACAAAGUUCCACAAAUUGAUUUUGCCACCAUUCAUCUCUACCCUGACCAAUGGGUAUCAAGCACAAAUGAAACAGCACAAGAUGAAUUUGUUGACACGUGGGUCAAAGACCAUAUUCAAGACUCAAAUGACGUUUUAAAAAAGCCAAUUCUGAUAACCGAGUUUGGAAAGUCUUCAAAAUCUAGUGGAUAUAGCCUGGAUAAGAGGAAUAGUUACUUCAGUAAGUUAUACAAUUUCGUAUACAGUAGCGCUAGUAAUGGGGGCCCAUGUGUUGGUGGGCUUUUCUGGCAGUUUAUGGCCCAAGGAUUGGAUAACUUGCAUGAUGGCUAUGAAGUCAUAUUUGAGAAUGAUCCUUCAACUGCUACUGUUGUUAGUCAACAAUCUAAGAGAAUGUCAAAUCUUAAAUAGUUUACUUCCAUAAUAAUGUCAGAAAAGCAUUCUUUCCCGGUUCUAAAUUGAUCC